AUGCACAAGAUGGUAACUUUAAUCUCUUUCAUGCCUUGUAAUUCCAUUUUGCAGCCUAGAGCUAGCAUCAAGACACAUGGAAAUGGAAGUGUUAACAGUUACCGUACGGAAGUUUCUCGUAAUCCAGCAAUGGAGCGGCUGCAGUGUAACUAUUUAUUCCCUGAGAUAUCGGCACGUGAAGCACAACACAUUGAAAAGUAUCCGAACGCGAAAGUUAUAAGCCUUGGGAUUGGUGACACCACUGAGCCGUUACCGAAUGUUGUUGCUUCGAGUAUGGCUAAUUUUGCACUCAGCCUUGCAACACCGAAUGGUUAUCGAGGGUACGGACCAGAGCAUGGGAGCAAAGAGCUAGGAAAAGCAAUUGCGAAAACAUUUUACAAAAACAUGGGUAUAAAAGACACGGAAGUAUUCGUAUCAGACGGCGCACAGUGUGAUAUCUCACGCCUUCAGCUGCUGUUUGGGUCGAACAUGUCUGUGGCCGUUCAAGAUCCGAGUUUCCCGGGUUAUAUAGAUUCAAGUGUCAUAAUUGGUCAAACAGGGGAUGUCGAGAGAGAGUCGGGAAGGUAUAGGAAGAUCGAGUACAUGAAAUGCGGACCACAUAAUGACUUCUUUCCGGACCUAUCACGAACCGCGCGAACAGAUGUCAUAUUCUUUUGCUCCCCAAACAACCCAACCGGACAUGCAGCUUCUCGUGAGCAGCUAGAGCGACUCGUGGCGUUUGCUCAGGAAAACGGGUCUAUCAUCGUGUAUGACUCUGCCUACGCUGUUUACAUAAAGGAUGGAAUAAGUCCUCGCUCCAUUUACCAAAUCCCAGGGGCUCAAAAGGUGGCAAUUGAAGUUUGUUCAUUCUCCAAGAUUGCUGGAUUUACAGGGGUUCGUCUUGGGUGGACUGUGGUUCCGGAAGAAGUUUUGUACUCAAAUGGGCUUCCCAUUAUAGACGACUUUAGUCGCAUUAUGUGCACCUGCUUUAAUGGAGCUUCACGAAUAGCUCAGGCUGGUGGCCUGGCUGCCUUGUCCACCGAGGGGUUUAAGGGUGUAACAUCGAUUGUGGAUAAUUACAUGGAGAAUGCAGAGAUACUACUGCAGACAUUUGAAUCAGUGGGGUUCAAAGUGUACGGAGGCGUAAACGCGCCUUAUCUAUGGGUGCAUUUUCCCGGUUCCAACUCGUGGGACGUUUUCGACCAGAUUCUCCAAAGUACACAUAUAAUAACUGUGCCCGGAAGCGGAUUCGGGCCCGCGGGAAAGGAGUUUAUAAGGGUUACGGCUUUCGGGAGUCGAGAGAACAUUCUAGAAGCUUCUGACAGGCUGAGAAGCUUCAUGUUACUCAAGUCCAGUGUAUAA